AUGGGCAUCACUCUUCCCGACCCUCACCCCCACCCCCGUAAUACAGGUGACAUUGAGGUAAAUUUCAGAGGGUUGAGAAUGAGACACGGUCGCUGGGACAAGAGCCUUAUUCGCCUGACGUUUCAGAUCCCUGCUCAAACCCGUCAUCAGGGACAAUAGCAGAUAUGGGUGUUUCAUGCACAAGGGGUUGCAGUAUUUAAAGGAUUCAGUCGCCCUGCUACCACAUACCUAUGAAUAAUCACGGCUACCCCCUUCAGCGGGGAUUGUUGCACUUGGUGUGAUGACUGUUUGAUGACCGACAUUAGAGCAGUUAAUCCCUUCCUAGUCAUCAGAGAUGUUGGAUAUUGGUGUGAUGAUUGCUCGACAGUCUGACCCACCGACCCUGGUAUUGGGACCUUUAUCUGCGAAUGUCUCUGAUUAUGGAUCCGAGUGCGAAUCUGAAACCUCAGGCCAAUAAAUUUCUUGUUCCAAUGAUCGCAUCUUCGUCUUCUCAAUUGGGAACAGUGCUCGCCCGCGCAUUCCCCGCGUGGUUAAUUAUUCCGCCUAGGAAAAGUCUUAGCAUGGAGUAUGGAAGGGGAGGGUUUUUGCACUUGUUAAUAGACUGGUGUCAGUGAACUAUGACUCAAGCAGCUCGCAGGUCAUGCGGUUGUCGCCUCUGGCGAGAAUUUUGGCUUCGUCGAAUGUGAGUGUGUGGCCAGGUCUCGUCGAACUAGUCGCAACUUUACAGCUGGCGUCAUUUCUCUACACUGCUGCUGCGUGUUUGAGGACUAGCGUUAGGAGCAGUCAACCUGUCUCUUCGACGUAAACUGUUUCGAACGCGAGUGCCCGAACACGCGACAGCAGUGCGGUGAAAUAACGCCCAGAAGCUGAAGGGCCUGGGCUUGUUCAGGAGAUUCUUGUUUCAUCUUAUUUGAUUUGCAGAAGCGGCUCGAUGGUCUCUAUCGCCAGAUUCUGAGGAAUAGAAAUAAAAAGGGACGUGACAUCAAAAGAUGCCAUGACCUAAUUUGGAUGGAGGCUUACCCCUUUAAGUUUCUCCAGUAAUCGUGUCGACGAAGAGACCGCGGUGUCUGACUCGGCGGUCAGGAAGAUGAGACCCCGAAACCGCCACUUUGCUGGUCCCUACUUUGGAAUACCUUUGAGUCGGAGAGGAACGCUCUGUUUGCGCACCUUAGGGGGUAAUAGAAUCGGGCCAGCGCUAGGGUCGGUGGGUCAGACAUUCGAACAAUCAUCACACCAACAUCCAAUACCCGUGAUUAAAUUGUAACGAUUAGCGACUCCAAUGUCGGCCAUCAAACAGUCAUCACACCAAGCGCAGCGAUCCCUGAUAAAUGGAGAGAGCCUUGAAUAUUCAUAGGUAUGCGGUAGCUUGGCGACUGCAUCCUAUAAAUAUUGCAGCUCUUUGUGCAUGAACCACCCGUAUCUGCUACUAUCUCUGAUGAUGUGUUCCAACAGGAAUCUGAAACGUCAGGCGAAUAAAACUCUUGUCCCAGCGAUCAUGCCCCUUCACGACUGCUUCCUUGGACCCGUCUCUUCAAUUCUAUUAGCAGUUAGGGUUAAGGCUAGGUUUAGGGCAGAGUAUGGAUAUGGCUAGGGUUAAGGCUUGGGUUAAAAUUAGGGUUACGGCGCGGGAAUAGGCGCCUCUCCUGAAACUAGGCGUAAGACUACCUGCAUUUUGGAGAGGGGCUCCUAUUUCCAAGUUUUGCUGACAAUAUAUUUGGAAUUUUUCAACUUCGUCAGUUUGUUUAUCCCCGUGAGACAAACAGGUUCAGUGUCGGGGGCUAUUCCAGUUACCAAAUCUUUUUUCUUAACUCGUAUCCAUAAUCACUUUUAUCCGGGAGGAAUUUUUCACUCCACUUCUACUGCGCUUCCAACGGUAUCCCACAUGGAGUAAAGCGAAGCAGUAGGAUGUGUUCGAUAAUCUCAAUCUUUUUGCUUCAAAAUAGGUCGUUGGCUCACCGGGAAUCGGAUGAACCUAAUGAACCAGAAAGAGCUCCGUUCUCUGAAAUGAUUAUUUUGAUAUUAUGUGCAAACUGCAGUAAUUAGAUCUUGUUUUCUAAGCACAUAGCAGUCAAGAAGUUGAAUGGAAUGCUGUGAUCGCACGACCGUAUUCAUCAGUGGGCCAAAAAUCCUUCACUAAUCCGAACGGCUUCUCUUGAUCUGGACAACGUUAAAAUUACACGAGUAAAGUGACCAGUCACCCGGAUAACGCGUGAAUUAACAUCACUCCGGGCAGCAAUUCUAAAAAGCCGGACUGUCAAGGCAUCGUUAUACUAGCCGCCAAAUGGACAGUGAUAUGGCGACGGACGGUGAGUCAGUUAUGGACGGCCAACCAUUACACUGGACGCUGCAUAUCUCUCUCUAUCUCUCGCUCCUCGGUGAUGCGUUCAAGUAUGAACCUGAAAGGCCAGAACAAACUAAAACCUUGUCCUAGUAACCGGCACUGUUUUUCAAACUCUGAAGCGAGUCACGCUUGCAAAACUGCCGGGUCAGUUCUGUUUUGUCUAUUCGCAAUACUUGGCAAUAGCAUUAGUGGUUAUCUGCCGCCUCUCAAAGGGCGAAUUUUUAAUCCAAAUGUACACCUAUGUGUUGUUGGUUGGCCUUAUUCCUUUUGCAAACGAAGUCCGUUUUUCGCAGCUUCCAAGGGGAUGAUGAUAGUUUACCCAGAAAUACAUGCUUUGCGUAGCAUCCUCUGAAAUCCAUAAAUCGAUCGGCAUAAUUUGAUCAGGUGCACGGGGCCCGCGACACGAAUUUGGUUGCCAACCAGCAGGCUCAUCCCUUGUUAGCAGCAAAAUCCACCACUUCCCAAGCAAUAGUGAUCUGCGCGUCAAAUGGAUUAUCGUGAGAAUGGUUUGAGCGGCCUCUGGCGAUACAAUGCAGACCUCGCAGUUGGUCCUGUCCAGAUUGGCAAAGUUGAGAUAUCCGGGUUGAUUAAUUGAAGACGAAGACAGGCUCACCGGAAGAGGUUUAUUUAAGUGCUGACGUUUCAAAGAGCUGGGUAGGCUCUUCAUUGUCAAAGCGUAAAAUGCACUUAAUCGAUCAGAAAUUUAAUUUGAAGUGGCAGUCGUGUUGGCCGGCCUCAUGCUGAUCGACUUUUCCCUCCAUCUUAGGCCGAGGCAACACAAAAACAGAACGGCUAACUCUCGGGGCGUGGUUCUCCGAUGCCCACUUUAUAAACAGGCAUCUGGACCUUCCUGCAGCUUACAAAGUCCUACGUCAUCACAAUCGUAAAGCUCAGGACCAAACAACCACACCGAACUUAAGAAGGCCGCACGGAGAUAGCCCGACGCUGAGUCUACUCGGUGAGGAAGAAGGAGAACCGCCAGACCAACCGCCCGACUAAAGUCCAAUCACUUCCCCUCGACGGAGUGGUGACUCACAAAGCACACAGGCAAAACGCCCGUCAACCAUCUCCCGAGAGGCCGAGGCAGCGAGAGGAGGGAAAAAUCGAUCAGCAUGAGGCCGGCCAACACGACUGCCACUUCAAAUUAAAUUUCUGAUCGAUUAAGUGCAUUUUACGCUUUGACAAUGAAGAGCCGACCCAGCUCUUUGAAAGGUCAGCACUUAAAUAAACCUCUUCCGGAGAGCCUGUCUUCGUCUUCAGUUGGUCCUGUGUGCUUGUUUGUUCGGAAUGGCCGACUGGCGGUCAAGCUCAGUGGCGCCUGCUUAAUGUGGCCUCUCAUACCAGCCACUGUGCCCUGUCUCCCCCCUCCCCCCGGUCCCCACAGUGAACUGAUGCCUGGGCGGGGUUGACUCUGGGGCCUUCAUCCCAACUCCGGUCUUCUUGCCUCUGUCUUUGACACCAGGUUCAGGUGAAUGAGGGCGGAGAGAGUGCGGUAAAUGCUGCGCAAGUCGGCUGUCACUAGAAACUAGUUCCCGUGUAAACCACCGUCCGUGCGUCCACUUUGCUGUGAAACACACGUGCUGAACAUCAUCGGUAACGACUGUUGAACUGUCAGCAGCAGCAGCAGCAGCAGCAGCAGCAGCAGCAGCAGCAGCAGCAGCAGCAGCAGCAGCAGCAGCAGCAGCAGCAGCAGCAGCAGCAGCAGCAGCAGCAGCAGCAGCAGCAGCAGCAGCAGCAGCAGCAGCAGCAGCAGCAGCAGCAGCAGCAGCAGCAACAGCAGCAGCAGCAGCAGCAGCAGCAGCAGCAGCAGCAGCAGCAACAGCAGCAGCAGCAGCAGCAGUAG